CAUGAGCCCGCACCUCCGCCUCGUCCUCCUCCUCGCCGCCGCCGCCGCUCUCUGCCGGGGUGCGCCGCUGGCCGGGGAGCUGCGCUGCCGCUGCGUGCGGACCGUGUCCGAGGUGAUCCCGCCGCGCCGCCUGGCCCGCGUGGAGUUCGUCGCCGAGGGGCCGCACUGCGCCGUGCCCGAGGUCAUAGCCACGACGAAGCAGGGACAGACGGUCUGCCUGAGCCCCUCCGCACCCUGGGUCAAGCUCAUCGUCACCAGGAUCCUCAACAGCUCGACCCAGAAAAACUGACGGGGGAAAGAAACUCGCUGGAGGGGAGAUGACACUGAGCCUGAGGCUUCGGGGGCUUUACUUCUCUUGAAAUGCACUGCGUUUGAGCUCAGCCUAUUUAUUGAGGACUUUAUUUAAUGUAAUGAUAUCUGAUUGUAUUUAUUUAAAUAUUGCACGUACUAUGUAACAUGUAUCUUUAAUUGGGACAUUGUCUGAAAAGCACAAAUUCUAAGAAGUGCUGCACUAAUUUACUGCCUUUAAGACCUUGCUUUUGGGGUGUUGUGCAGGAGAAAAGAUACAGGCAAUAUCCUGAAUUCUUUUACAGGAAAAAAUUUGCCUCGGCAGCAGCAUCAGCACACUACUGAUGAGGCUUCAGCAUAAAGUACAUUUCCAUGCUGCAUGCCUUUGUAAGGACUUGAGUAACUCACAUCAUAGAAACAUUUGUUCUACAGAGCAGCUCUGAGUAGAGAAAGGAACUGCUGCCUCCCAAAACACAUCUUUGUUUUGUCUUGCACAUCGUAUAGCUAUGUACCUGGAAAAAAACUUUCCCAGCUACUGUGGGAAAGCCGUGCUGUGCCAGAGCCAAAGGUUAACUCAGCAAUGCAAGUUCACCAGCAACUUGUAGUUCCCUUCCUCCUGCCAGAAAUCCUGGUACACACGGCACUGCUUACCUUGUGCGUUUGCAAUUUGAGGCAGCUGGUGGGUUUUGCUCCUUGCAACCUUAGACAUGUGAUGUCUUUUUUCGUAUGGCAUAAUGUCAUAAUUUUUAUGAAGUUAUAUGUAAGCGAACAUGCUGUUGUGUUGAUGGAUGUUUAUUUAUUCUAGUCCAAAUUCCUUUUGGAAUUGUGUAUAUGCAGUUUUCUCUGCUCUUCAUAUUUCUGUCCAGCAGAAAAUUAAAAAGGAGGGGGAUCUAAACCACUUUGAAAUACUAGUAUUUAAAUGUCAUCAUGGUGAGACCAUAUGAUUUCUAUUCAUCUACUCAUUUUCCAAAAUGUUGAAGAAACCCUCAUAGUUAUAUAUGUAUAAUUAUUGUGUAGCGGUAUCAUCAUACAUCCAGAAUAACUGUAAUAAGUUCCUGUGAAUGAAAUGGAAGAUUUUUUCCUAAUGCUUUUAUUACUAUAUAUGUUUCCUAAUUAAGAAAUUUUCUCCUGUUACUUACAGAGUUUUGCUUUUUAAAAAAUAAAUACUUAGAUACACUU